UCGUCUGCUGGGAUCGAAAACAAAACAUUCCAGACACUGCGGGGAGACAUCCUUGCCCUUUACUCCUCUAUAUCCGGCCACCUGGCGGCCACACACCUCCAAGCCAUGCCGCUAUCUUGAACACACAGUGAUGGUUCAAGGGGCUGAAGGGAAGAUGAAGAGCAGUACCGCGGCGGCGGUGGCUUCGGCCGAGGCGGUGAAGGUGGUGGUGAGGUGCCGGCCAAUGAAUGAGCAGGAGACAGCCAACCAGUAUGAGAGAGUGGUGGACAUGGAUGUGGACCGAGGUGUGGUGGAGCUCCGCAACGUGAAGGCCGCUGACACAGACCCUCGGAAAACCUUCACCUUUGAUGCGGUCUAUGACUGGAAUUCUAAGCAGCAGGAACUCUAUGAUGAGACAUUCCGGCCUCUCAUAGACUCAGUGCUCAAUGGCUUCAAUGGGACCAUCUUUGCAUACGGCCAGACAGGAACUGGGAAGACUUACACAAUGGAGGGUAUCCGAGAUGACCCAGAGCAGAGAGGUGUCAUUCCCAAUUCCUUUGAGCACGUUUACAACCAUAUCGCUCGUUCCGUUGACCAACAGUUCCUCAUUCGGGCGUCAUACCUCGAGAUUUACCAAGAGGAGAUCAGGGACCUCUUGGGGAAGGACCAGAAGACCCGCCUAGAGCUAAAGGAAAGGCCGGACACGGGGGUCUUUGUCAAGGACCUCCAGCAGUUUGUGUGUAAGAGUGUCAACGAGAUACAGCACGUUAUGACUGUGGGGAACCAGAACCGAGCUGUGGGGGCGACCAAUAUGAAUCUACACAGCUCUCGGUCACAUGCAAUCUUCAUCAUCACCAUUGAGUGCAGCACCCUGGAUGACCGGGGACGAGGCACCAUCAGGGUCGGCAAGCUGAACCUGGUCGACCUGGCUGGUUCGGAGAGGCAGUCCAAAACAGGAACAGCGGGAGAGAGGCUGAAGGAGGCCACCAAGAUCAACCUCUCACUCUCAGCACUGGGCAACGUUAUCUCUGCUUUAGUGGAUGGCAGAAGUACCCACAUCCCCUACAGAGACUCCAAGCUUACUCGCCUCCUUCAGGACUCCCUCGGCGGCAACUCCAAAACAAUCAUGGUAGCCAACAUUGGGCCUGCCAGCUACAACUAUGAUGAGACCAUAACAACCUUACGCUAUGCCAACCGUGCCAAGAACAUCAAGAACAAGCCUAAGGUGAAUGAGGACCCGAAGGAUGCCAUCCUGAAGGAGUAUCAGGAGGAGCUUGCAAGGCUGAAGGCGCAGCUGAAGCAGAGAGGAGGCAGGAAGAAGAAGAAGAAGAAACGAGCUGAUGGAGAAGGAGUAUCAGAGGAUGGGGAGGGAGGAGAAGAAGAGGAGGAGGAAGAAGAAGGAGUGGAAGCUGAGGAUAUUCUUCAUCAGCAGCAUGAACUGGAUGAGGAGAGAAACAGAAUCCUGAAUGACCAACACAUGAUUGCUGAGGAGAAGGAACGCUUCCUGACGGAGCUGAAGAACAAGGAGGCAGAGCUGAACACUUCCAGGGAGGUGCAGGAGAAGCUGAUGAGUCGCAUCCAGACCAUGGAGAGCAAACUGCUGCGUGGAGGCAAAAACAUCAUCGAUCACACUAAUGAACAGCAACGCGCCCUGCAGCUGCGCACUCAGGAACUCAUGGAACAGAAGAAAAGGGAAAGAGAAAUGCUACAGAGACUGGAAAAGGAGGAGGAAUCAUCGUGCGAGAUCGCUUCCACUUUCUCCUCCUUGCAAGCAGAAGUUGAAGCCAAGACUCGGAAACUCAAGAAAUUGUUCGCCAAACUGCAGUCUGUCAAGCAGGAAAUGGGUGACCUGCAUGAGGAGUUCUGCCGGGACCGUGUCGACCUGCAGCACACCCAGGACGUCCUCACCAGAGAGUUGAAAUUGAAAGCUCUCAUUAUUGAGAACUUCAUAUCACCGGAAGAGAAACGCAAGAUUUUGUCACGUGCUUACUUUGACGACGACGAGGAUGUUUGGAAGGUGCGGCCGGUGGUAAGGCAGACCGGUGGCACCCUAAAGAGGCCUGUGUCUUCAGCCUCUCGUAGGCCGACCUCAGAGUAUGCUCGCAUCCAAGCCUCUGUCGACCAUAAUCCUCGCUAUAAGGGUGAAAACAUUAUGGUAGUUGAACUGGACCCGGCUGUCAGGACCACGAGAGACUGGGAAGGCCCCUUGGUGGCGCCGAGGGUGGCUGCAGCCCUGGAGGCAGCCCUCACACCCCUGGAUGAUGACCUGAGCAUUGACGCCUCGCUGGCCACUCUCAGUCGGCCCAGAGCUGUUGUCUCUUCGCGUAAGGAAAAGACGAAGGGAAACACUCUCAGGAGGUCCCCAGGGGCUAGAGUGGACUUUGCCGACCUCAUAAACUGUCACAAAAAGACCCUCAACCAUAUCCUGCCAGAGGUUCAAGAGUGGCAUUCGCCCCCCCUCCCAGGUGCCGGACAGUUCGCUCUACCCAAAGUCCCGCGGUCUGGUGCCCAAGUAGCCCCGGCACUGCAGUGGACCCCGCGAGGCACCCGGGCCAUGGAGGACCACUACGAUGAUGAGGACAGUGACCCAGGCCUCUUCAGGGACCCCCAGGAGGCCACUGAGCAGGCCCCAGCCACCCCAGACACUCCCAGCACCCCUGAGGAGCAAAGGGAGGGGCUGGGGAUUGGCACAGUGAGUCUGGAGGCAUCCCUGGAGGUUCAGGAGGCCGUGGGAGGGUGCUGUCGCCUCCUCGUAGGGCCUUUCGGGGCCCGGCGCACCUGCUAUCACUGUCGACCUCAAGUCAAGCGCUGUGCGGCGGCGGCAGCUUCCCCGCACCACUCUUGCCCCGCACCGCCAUCCCUGCUUCCCUGUGCCAGGUGGAGGACAUCUCGCCUCACACAUAGGUACCCCACCUCCUGUAUGCUAUCCUCUCUACAUCCUACCUCUCCCUCCCACACCAGGAGAAAAAGCACAUUCUCCCAUCUCAAGCUCUCACGCUCCCCGUUCACCCCAGAUCUCCCUCGCAGCUUUGGUUGCCUCCUCAGAAGGGGAUGCACGGCUCGCAGGGACACUCUGCCGCCACGCAACUAUGAGCGAGUGCUGUGGCGCCUCACACCUCACCUCUGGAGGCGCCUCGAGCUGUGCCUGGCACAGCUCGGGGACACAGACACACUCAGCGUCCUCACCCCCGUCAUGUACUCCCUCAGGCGGCUCCAGGGGAUGGCUCCGGGACGGCUCGUCUAUUCCCCAAGUGGCGACAGCUAUGGGGACACAGAGAGGGAGAGGGAGGACCUGGUGUGCGCUGUGUGCAUCUGUUGUGUGGCUUUGUUCCUGUGUCGAGUGUGGGAGGGCAUGAGUGGCCUGCUAGCGGAGAUACUUGGCUUGUGGAUGCUUUAGUGUGAGUAUGAUUGUGUGUCUGUGUGUGUGUGUUGGGGGAGGAAGAGCUGCAGGAGCAGGUGUUAAGGUAAUGGGAGGUUGGAAGGACAGAGGUGCAGGGAGUAACUUAAGUAUCUUUCCUUUUCUUCUGUUUUAAAAAGCCUCCUCCUCCUGUAGCCUGUUUCUCCUCUAAGUAAGGGUAACUUAUAAAUUGAUCAUCUGAAGGGAAUGCACUCAAGGAUCAAUUAAUUAGGCAUGCAUCACUAGCAUUAAUAUGAUCGCACCUUUGCAGAUUUAAAGUUAUGCUUUCCAAAGGGUAUUAACUCAACACUCACUUAUUCUGUGUUGCUGUACUCUCUCUCUCUCUCUCUCUCUCUCUCUCUCUCUCUCUCUCUCUCUCUCUCUCUCUCUCUCUCUCUCUCUCUCUCUCUCUCUCUCU